AUGACACCAGUAGAGGGUCACAGCAACUGGGCAGGUGAGGUGAGACCUUUCUGCAAGAGAGUAGUUUCCUGCCAACAGUAACUCUGGAAUGCUGCCAGUAUAGGCUACCUCUCUCAGCCACUGAUUUGUGAAUCUAUUGUGACCGUCACUGAUAAUGGUAUCAUGUCCCUUUUCCCAGCGCCGCAUCCUUCGUGGAUUUGUGUCUGACAGUAGAGAUGUAGAUGCCAAGCUGAUGGUGUAUGGGGACCAGUGCUGUAGAAUGCCUCAUUACUAGUAGAAGUCUUCAUCCACUGUUGGCCGCUCCAAAUUUGCUCCCUACCUCUCCCCCUUGGCCCUAACCCUUUGUUGUUUUUUAUCACCCUCUCUCCUCUCUCUCUCCUAGUGAACAGGCCAGCCUGAGGCAGCAGGUGGUGGAGGAGGACACAGAGGAUUGGCAGAGAAGUCCAGACUUCACCGGGCUGGAGAGGGUCGGUGGAGUGGACCUGUCGUUCAUCAAAGGAGAUGACGUCAACGCCUGUGCCCAGCUAGUGGUACUCAGCUACCCAGACCUAGAGGUAAGACACUGACUCGGACCAUUUCUAUGCUAAUGCAAACCAUGGGCUGUAUCUUAAUGCUAUACAUUUGUUUCCUUUUCUCCUCUGCCUCAUAGGGACUGUUUGAGCAUACUGGAUGA